GUAUCACCAAACCAGUCAUCGUCAGCGUCGUCCACAUCAGAGCCAGCGGCGCAGCAGCAGCACCAGCAGCCGCCGGUUCGACCGCUCACAGCUAAUGAGGAAAAAGCAGCGAAAAUUCGAGAAGCCCUGGAGAAGAUGCGUGAAGCAGAUAUCAAGAAAAUUUACGUGAAAUUUUUUGUGGAUGACGGUUCAUCAACUGUUUCGUUGCUUGUCGAUGAAAGGUGGACGGUGGCCGAAUGUAUUCGACGGAUUGCAGCCAAACUCAAUGUUCCGCUCAGCGAACAUCAUACUAUUGUCGAGGAGUAUCCUGAACUUUACAUCAGUACGUUCACUUGUUUCUGUAGUCACGAAAAAAAAAAUGCCCAGCUUAGCCAGGCCUUGCACUUGACUUCGUCUCGAACGAAUCUACGAGGAUCAUGA